GAAGAUAUACUACGAUCCAUCUCAUUCAUUCAAGCCCUUCGACACUCAACUUUAGAUGACAACUUUUCCCCAUUAGAUCCCGAUGCCUUGGAAUGUCUCCGAAACCCUCCUCAGCUUCAACUCAAAAUUGAAGAUCCCCAUCUUCGUUUAGCUAUCGACACCUACCUUUCGCUGGAACACUCUGCAGUGGAGGCUUACGGUAAUGUCCGCAAAGCCGUCCUGCGAUGUUAUCCAGAUACAGCAUUCCCGUCGCACUAUGAAGUCAAGCGCAUUGUUGCGCAGAUGAGUGGGAUCGAGUCUAUCGUGGAUGAUAUGUGUGUAGAGGGCUGCACAGCUUUCACGGGAGAAUAUGCACUCCUUGACCGUUGUCCUACCUGCAAUUCG